AUGUUUGGAAGGAGGGGAACUUUCAAGACUGACAAUAGGAGCCCCCCGAGAGCCGGCAAGAUUAGCGAGUGUGGCAAAUAUUGCGGCCCUACAGCCAACGGCCCCACCAUUUCGUUCAGCAGCUUCCGACAGUCCUUCACAUCGAAUGUCAAUUACCUGAAGAGGCGCUUCAGCUCCGGGGACCUGUCUUCGGAGUGCGAGGACGGAGAUGCCCCGGUCGACCCCUACACGAAGCCUCCCGUCACGUUGCAGCCCCAGGCGCCGCCUCCUCCACCACCUUCGCAAUCUAGCACCGCCUCCGAUCUUUCUCUCAAUCUCCGACCCAGCUCCAAAACCACUUCUGCUCCCAGUUCGCCUGCUAAGUCAAGAGAAAGCCUUCUUCAACGAGUUCAGUCUUUGACGGGCCAGGCCAGAGACCAGGGAGCCUCAAUCUUGGGAGCUGCAGUGUCCAGCGCUUCAAGGGUAACGUCAUCGGUAUCAGGCAGAUACCUCACCCUUCUCGUGAUAGACGAUCAGAACACCGAUUGGAGCAAGUACUUCCGAGGAAGGAAGAUUGGAGACUAUGAGAUCCGUGUUGAGCAAGCAGAGUUUAGGGAAAUCACAGUGACAGCAAAUAGCGACUCUGCUUAUGUUUCGAUGGCUGUUAUCAGAGGGGGUACUCGUGUUGGAAGAUCUUUCAGACCUGAUUUCUUGUUGGUCAGACAGAACUUGAAGGAUGCAGGAGAGGACCACAAAAAUCUCCUGCUAGCGUUGAAGUUCGGAGGAGUUCCAAGUAUCAACAGCUUAAACUCCAUUUACAACUUCCAGGAUAAAACAUGGGUUUUUGGACAUCUCGUCCAACUUCAGAGGCGUCUGGGAAGAGAAAACUUUCCUUUGAUAGAACAAACUUACUAUCCAGAUCAUCGUGAUAUGAUGACUGCAUCAACAUUCCCCGUAGUUCUGAAAAUAGGCCACGCUCACGGAGGUUUAGGAAAAGUAAAAGUAGACAACAUAAACGAUUUUCAAGAUAUGGCCAGCGUAGUAGCCGUAGCUAACACCUAUUGCACCGUGGAACCGUACAUUGAUUCCAAGUACGACAUUCACGUCCAGAAAAUCGGUCACAAUUAUAAGGUGUUCAUGAGGAAAUCCAUCUCAGGUUGUUGGAAGACGAAUACAGGAUCAGCAAUGUUGGAACAGAUCUCAAUGCCUGAUAGGUACAAGAACUGGGUAGAUGAAGUUUCAGACUUGUUUGGAGGGUUGGAUAUCUGCGCCCUAGAAGUUGUCGUGGGAAAAGAUGGACGGGAACAUAUUAUAGAGGUGAAUGAUAGCGCGCUGACUCUACUGGGUGACUCCCAAGAAGAAGACAGAAGACACAUUGCCGAUUUGGUCACCUCCAGAAUGCAAGCCAUCUGCAGACCAAGGACCCCUCCUCCAGCUGAGGAACCCGUGCCCCCUCCGGUGGGUCCAAGAGGUAUCCUAGGCAGUUUGAGUAGUUUGACACAUUCUGAAACUCCACCUCCUAGCUCGACUUCCGAUGUACCUUCCUUGGGGAGCGUCGGUAGAAGAGACAGUCAAGCUUCCCAGUCAAGCACAAUUAGCAGCGCACCCAGUACAGGACGUCUUCCAGAACCUCCACCCAGACCUUUCCAGAGACAGGGCAGCCAGUCCUUAGCGGAGGAUACAGAAGAUACCAUGAAAAACCUCAGAAAAACAUUUGCCGGUAUUUUCGGAGACAUGUAAACAAUUCCAUUGUGUUAAAAAGAAACACUUCAUUUUCAAUGGUUAGGAAAGAGAGGUACCAUUUGAAACUCAUCGCUGAAAUCGACUCCUAAAGCUAGCCACUCACGUGUGUAAAGGCGUCCGUAGACGAGAUGGGUUUGAAAUGUUGCGGUUUUGAAUUUUGCUAAGCAAUAUGUUGAAAUAUGAUAUGUUAUUCACUGCCUUGGGCCUGGUACCGUCGGUAUCUCUUGUUAUGUUAGCGUAGUUGUUGAUCUGGAUGUACAACAGUCAUGUGUUUUGAUGUUCGUUAAAGUUAAUAGGAGAUUUUUUUAUGAACGGGGUGGAAAGCUUAUGUGAAACUAGCAAUUAAUCAAGAAGGCUUCACUCAAAAACAAAAUAUUCGGGAUUGGUAAGACCAAUGAAGUAAUUUCAUUUUGAGUAAAGCUCUCCGACGUCUUUUUCUCUCCCUAAAAGUAGGCUAUCAAAACGUAUGAAAUGACAAUAUUCCUAUGUCCUAAUUUCGCACUUGUAAAUGUCUUGUGUAGUGUAACCAUUUUUCUGGAAUUUUCAAAGAUCUACCGUUUUUUCAUCGAUGAAUAUAUGGCAACGAAUUCCCGUUUAUAUUAUUAAUCUAAAGAAUUGUAUUCACAGAAUAGUGCUUUGACAUUUCUCUUCAUUUCUCAGUCAAUUCAUCACAACCUUGAUAUGUUUGUUUCCCGACAUUCAAUUCAUGAAAGAUUUAUACUGUAUUUUUACUCAAGGCCAAAUAUUGAUUCCGUGAAUAUGAUACUUUCGUUCUUGAAGGGCAAAAGUUUCACGAACUCUUCAGAAAGGUUCAUUCGAGAUGAUGAGGUUAGAUUGGAAAGUGAAGUCAGGAAAAUUGAUCGAAAAAUAUGUCGGAUGAAUGUGAUUUUUUUUUUGCUGAAUUCUAUAUAUUCUGCAUCUUAUGCUGUUUUCGAUCAAUAUUCUCUAGACCGAAUACUAUGAGUUGUGAAUACUGUGGAAUCUGUCAAUAUACGAAUAGGCCUUAAAUUACUAAAUUAAUGUAAUGAUAAAGCCAUAGAUUUUACAUGAUAUCUAGUUAUGUAAGUAUUAUGUAGCUUCAUUGUUACCUCCAGAGUCUGUGGUUGGUAACGUAGGAAAUUGUGGUAGUUGAGUUCUUUAAUAAAUUGCUUUUUACAUUUGUUCUCCAAUUCAGAUAUAGCAGAAUAUGAUAUUUUCGAAAACAAACUUAUCAACAGUCGAACAAUCUUUCCUCAAUUCCAUAUCAUAAAUGUGAAAUGGAAAAGAAAUGCUUCAGAAACUAGAGAGAAAGGUUCAAAUUCGUCCUUCAAAUUCAUCAAUAUGCUAUUUUUCCUUAAAUAUUACUUUUUCAAAUAAAUACCGAUGUACAUAUAUGACAUUUUCCACAAAUAACUUGAAAACAUAUUUAUAAUAAUUGCAUACUCGAUAAAACAAAGCAAUAAACAACAAUUGUUUACAGUCUGAUCGGUAAUAAGACAUUUGUUAUUUUGAAGACGAUUCUUUUCAAUAGGUUUCAUAAAAAACUUCCACUGAAAAUAAUUAAAAGUUUCUCGAAGAAUAAAUACUAUGUGAAUCGUACCAUAUCAUCUUCUGGUAAUAAAUUGCUUAGUCUGUAAUAUUUGUUAAUAAUGUUGUCGAAAGUUUUAUUGUAAAUAUUAUGUGUCCUCCAUUUUAGUAACCAUCUGUUUAUCAAUACUCAAUUUGAUAUUUGAAAAUACUAAUGAUCUGAAUGAAAAAAUAUUCAACGAUUUAGAUAUUAUGGGCAGGGUUAUUGCUCUUCAAAUUUUAUUUGACUCGAUUUUGUUGGAAUAGAAUGGGGGUAACAAAUCCUGAGGUUGUGUAGUAGAACAGCUUGUGAAAAGUUACAUUUGGGCAUACUGUAUAGUGUUAUAUUGAUGGAUAUUUAAAGAAAUAAAUAAUAAAUCAUU